AUGUUAAAAAUUUUUAGAAACCUUUCACUAAUUUCAAAGGAUGAAUUUGAUUAUUCUCUUUACUAAUGUACAUAAAGUGAGAAUGGGGAUGUUCCAAAACCAAAAUAUAUGAAAGUACUAUUGAUUCUUACAUAGCCAAUUAUCGAAUGUUUGAAAGGUGAAGAUCAAAAGAUUUUACCUUUAGAUGCAUUUAAUAAAUUCUAUGAUAUCUUAUGUCAAAUACAAUACAACAAAUGGAUAAGUGCCUUAAAAAUUGCCUAUGUCUUGCAUUAUUGCUUAGAAGUAUAAUCAAAUUUUUAUGUAUAUUAUCAAAGAAAUAAUGUAACAUCUUUGUUGAUGCUGUCUGCAAUAAUCAUCUCUAUGAUAAAAUCAAAAAUAAGUAAUAAAGAAAGCCAGAAGAUCCGAUUGCAUAAUUGCAUAUUAAUAUCGUUCAAAACCUCUUUUCGUACCUUUAAAUUAGAUAUGAGAAUUAUCUGUUUUUCCUAAAUGCUCUUUCUGAUUUUGAAGAAAAAGAAGAAUAUCAAAAAACCUUUAUCAUACAUAAAAUCGUGUCUACCAUCCAAGUCCUAGUCAAAAUCUAUAAAGAUUUAGAUAUUUCCUUAACAAAAUUUCAAAACAUAGAAAUUACUAAAUAUAUCUGUGUACAACUCCUAAAUGAUCUUUAUUUUUUUUAUCCUAAAGUCCAAAUUUACUUAUAAUCUCAUAUUAAUCAAAUGCUGUAAAUGGAAAGUGAACAAUCAUUAAAAUUAUAUUAAGUUUAUACUGAAACUCUUAGAUUAGGAAGAAGUGUAACAUAAAUGUUAAAAUUAUGUAAUGAAGUUACAGCAAUACAAUCCUUUCCUCAACUUAUAUUAUUUACUGUUGAAUAACAUAUUAAUAGACAAAUUGAAUUACACUUUAAAGAAUAAAAAAGAUAACCCAGUCCAAUCAAAUUUGAUAUAAUUAAAUUUGAUGAUGAAAAUCUAUUUGAUUAAUGCAAAGAUGAUUAAAUUACUACUCCAAAAGUUCUUCAACAAUUUCAAAAAAUGGUAACUUAACUAACAGAAAUUCAAGAACCUGAACCAGAUUAAAUUGAAUUUCGAAUUUCUCAUAAACCAAAAACUGAAAGAUAAUUAUAACAAUUUAAAGUUAAGAAAUUAGAAUCAAAUGAAUAAUCUAUGGUAUAAUCUAUCAUUUCAACAUCAGAUAAUGGUUCAAGUAUAAGGAAUAUCUAAUUUAGUCAUUAAAAUAGCUUUAGAAAUGAAUUUUUCACUCAAUCUGAAAGUCCAUUAAAUUUUAUUGAUUUUUCUCAUUAGUAAUAUCAUCAAUCAAAAAAGAAACAAUGA